AUGACUAAAUCACUUAUCAUCACUGCCUUUAUCACCGGUGGAACCACUGAGUGGCGUUAUCCUGGUGACACUUCGUAUCGGUUUGCCUCUGAUUUGGAUGCUUGGGUAGAAAUAGCAAAACUAUUAGAAAAGGGCAAAAUCUAUGCCCUGUUCAUUGCAGACCAUUUGACCCUGUUUGAUGUGUACAAGGGUCCGAAUAAUUACAGAGACGCAGUAAAGACUGGACUGAAUGUUCCAAAGGCUGAUCCAAGCCAUGCAAUCAUCACUGCUGCCAGAGAAACAAAAAACAUCUCUUUUGGAGUCACUUUCAGCACAGUCAGCGAGCAUCCAUACCUAUUUGCUAGGAGACUGGCAACUCUCGAUCAUUUCACCAAGGGUAGAGUGGGAUGGAAUGUUGUCACUUCUUAUCUCAACAGUAUCGGUACCCAGCUUCUGAAUGGAGAGCCAUUUCCUGAGCAUGACGAGCGGUACAAUAGAGCAACAGAAUACGUCGAUGUCGUGACUGGCCUUCUCCUGUCCACCUGGAGAGACGACGCCUUGAUCCGCGACAGAGAAAGCGGAGUGUUCAUUGAUCCAGACAGAGUUCGAGAGAUCAACCAUAAUGGAAAAUAUUUCAAAGUUGCGGGGCCAGCUAUCACACAGCCUUCAGUCCAAAGAAUCCCGCUUUUGAUUCAAGCAGGAACCUCAAAGAAGGGCCAGGAGCUGGCCGCCGAGUUUGCAGAGUUUGUGUACGUCUUGGGUGGAACUGAGGAGCUGGCCCCGAAGAUCAAGUACAUCAGAACCAUUGCAAAGGAGAAAUUCGGUCGGGACCCAAAAAAUAUUAAGGUGAUAUACUCCGCUAGAGUGAUUCUGGGCCGCACUCAUGAAGAAGCUAUUGAGAAAGAGGCAUCUUACAAAAAGUACGAGGUGCCAGAUCGCAAUGCAGUAAACUUUGGAGGCGUGACAGGUAUUGACUUGAACGAGUAUGAUAGCGAAGAGGAAAUCGACACCAAGAAUGUCAAUGGUGUUAAAACGACCGCCGAAGUUUACUUCAAAAAAGCAAAACGGCCCACCAAAAACGCACUUCUGAAUAAAGCACCUGGAGUUGGACCAUUAACGGGCACCCCUGAAGAAGUCGCCGAUAAACUUGAAAAACUAGUGGAGGAGCUUGACCUUGAUGGCUUCAACUUUAACUCUGCUGUUCUUCCCGCAUCUGUUGAGGACUUGGUUGAACUGCUCAUUCCUGAACUCCAAAGAAGAGGUCUAUUCUGGGAGGACUAUGCUGUUCCUGGUGGCACGUUCCGAGAGAAUGUGUAUGGGGUGAAGGGACAAACAUUCCUUCCUGCAGAUCACCCAUUGUAUGAGACCCGGUGGACGCCGGACGUCGACAAAAAGGAGUUUGACAAAAUCUUUGAGCAGAAUUUGGAGAGACGUAAACAAGCUAGGGCAUCUUUAAAUUAG